AUGCCCAAUUACGCAGCCAAUUUGCUGUUUCUGGUGGUCACGACCAUCGCAUUGCCAGCGGAUUUCAAUGCUCAUACGGCGCCACCGGAUCUCAGAGCCUUCGCACCGCUACCAGAUCUCGGUGUCAAACAAUGGACAUGCGAUCCUGCAGUGAUGGCCAAGAGCAAAGAGGUUCCGAAGAGUGCCCACAGUGUCCGAUUUGCAGAUAUCAAAGUGAUCGCAGCUCUCGGAGAUUCACUUACGGCUGCUAAUGGUGCAAACGCUAGAACGCCGUUGGGGCUUCGCAAGGAGUUUCGUGGACUGGCAUUCCAGAUUGGAGGCGAUAUGACGCUUGAGGAGCGCAGCAUUACAUUCCCAAGUACGUCAACGAAUUUCUUCAGAAGCGUCUAU